AUGCCAUCAAUAUCUUAUCUGGUAGUGCCCUAUAUAAACGCCACCAAGCAACAGCAACCACAUCAUUUUUAUCAACGCUUCACCAAGCAGGAAUUAACGCAUCUUUCCUCAGCUUUGUCUGUAUCCCGGUUGGAGCAUAGGCAAGGGCAGAACUGACGCCAGUGCAGAAACCGAACUCUUCGCAGCGCACAGCAUGUGUUACGGGAAAUGCGCAAGAUGCCUUGGUAUCACACUAGUUCCUCUGGCUCUUCUGUGCAUUAUUGCAAACACGCUGCUUUUUUUCCCGAAUGGAGAAACAGGGUAUAACACCCCAGAGAAACUGGCGGACAGUGUCUGGUGUUUCAGUGGGAUCUUGGGCUCAGGAUUGUUGAUGGUGUUCCCAGUUCUGGUGUUCAUGGGAAUGGAAAAUAACGACUGCUGUGGGUGUUGCGGAAAUGAAAACUGCGGUAAAAGAUUUGCGAAUUUCUCCUCUGUGAUCUUUGCCGGGGUAGGAGCAGCAGGAGCUGCCUAUUGCUUCAUUGUUUCCGCAGUGGGACUCAACCAUGGUCCAAAAUGUAUGACAAAGGACAACAGCAAUUAUAGUUACCCCUUUACUGAUGGUAAUUACCUGAGAAAUCACACGAUGUGGGAUGAAUGCAUCAAGCCUCCCAAGAUCGUCCCCUGGCACGUCACGUUGUUCUCGCUCCUGCUGGUGAUGAGUGGGGCUCAGCUGGUGCUCUGUGCCUUUCAAGUAGUCAAUGGGCUGAUUGGCUUUCUCUGUGGCGAGUGCAGCUGCUGUUCUUGCUGCGAGUCAGCCUAGAAGCUGAAAGGUGAAAUGGAUGGGUCGAAGUCCACAUGAACCGCCCAACAACCAAGCCUCUGUAGCUGCAGGAGAGUAUGCCAAAUGGACUUGAAGUACUUCCGAAAAAAACACCCUUAGGUUUUGUUUUGUUCCCUGAGGCCACAUGGCAGAAACCACUGAAGCUAAGUCACAAUCCUUGGGCAGUAAUUUUUAACUUUGACACUAGACUGUUUUAGGUUAUAUUUUAAUGUAGAUGAAUCGCAUCAAAAUGCAGUAGGACCUCUUUUGUUCAUAUCGCAGUUAGUAAUUUCUAGCUCAGAGAAAAUGUCAUUUUCACUUGAGAAAACCCUGCUUUAAGAAACAUGUAGCUGUAAAAACAUGUAAAAUUUAUUUCCUCCCCUCUGGGAUCAGCUCUUCAGCUGAAUGUUUGGGGUAUUCCAUCUGCUCUGAUUACGUUAUAAAAAUUUCAUUUCCAUUGGUUCCAAAAACCAGAACCUCAGGCAAUUUCUGUGACUUGUGACAAACCUGCAAAUACAAACCUGCCAGAGUGCUAUUGGAAAGUUCGUUGUCACUGUGGGAGAUAAAUCCAUUUAUUUGUGGUCCGCUAUCAUGGCUUACAAUUCUACUUGAAUAUCUGGGCAUCAAAGUUAGCAGAGAAAAUACUUCAUUCAGGAAAAUCUCCAACCACUUCCAAUGCUUCUCUUGAGCCUUAACCCACCUGACUUCAUCUCACCAGUUAGGGAAGAAAUCUCAAGUUUACAUUCUGAACCACAAGCAGGUCAGUCUCCAGAGAGCCUGUAUCACUGUGUUAUGCUUAAUCCAGUUGAUUCAAGACUCCGGUCCAUUCCCCAGCCUCUUGUUUGGAAGAUCUACGUCUUAUGAAAAAUGGGAGUUUGCUGUAAUAAAUAAAUGUGCACAAAUCA